AUGUCUGAUCACCCGACGGGGGCCCUUCCGAUCCCAACGGCCUUCGAGCCAGAGGAUACAAGCCACUGGUUACAGGAAGCCGAUCCGCCUGCGGAUCGUAUGGACUUGUUAGUUGGACCGAAAGACAAGAAGUGGAAGUUACGACACAGGUACUUUACGCAUCUCUUGGAGAAAGACAUCCCUAUUAAGACUAUUAUACGGGAGCACUUUACCCAUCAUCAGUAUCGCCUGUUGGCGCCCGCCGAACGCGCCGAUGUCAAAGAGAUACAAGCCAACAAUACGACGAGAUACAAGGCACUGCUCACUCGUCGCUUCAAGGGUGUCGAGGACUCGCUAGCGACAAAGUUGACUAUGAUGUGGUUUGGGCUCCCCGCCGCUCCUAUGGACAAUCCCCUGGAGGAAAUUGCCAAGAUGUUGGGACAUGAUGAUGAGGAGGUCCCAAGAUACAAUGUCAAGUCACCAUUGCAUUUCCUCACGGCUCAUGAUCAUCGCAGCUGGGGAAAGGAUAGUCUGAAGGUCAAGGAAGCUAUGAGCCAUCCCCUACCACUUCCCAAGGCAAUGGAGCCGACUAUGGGCCUCCGUGGAGGAGAAACCGAUGAUGAUGGCAAUACUAAGACCGGCGACUACAUCGACGCAGGCCAAGAGCAUGCGACGUUCAAGGAUCAAUGGACUUAUCUAUACGGCCUCAACGGGCGCUUGCCAUUUGUUCCAACCAAGUGGUCCUCGUUUCCGAAGGUUCUACGACAGUUGCUUCACCCUGUCAACGAUACUCAGAAAGAGUUCACCCUUAUCAAGUACGAUCCAAAGGGUGGUAAGCCAGAGAUGGUGCACGAUACCUUGCCCUUGCAGAGGGACAGUCCGGUUAUGGCCUUUCUGCAAUCGCACUUUGCCAAGGCACGACCUCAUGAUGAGUGCUGUAGGCUGUUCGUCGACACUGGUCAUACUGAGACUAAUAAGGGCCCGAUGAAAUGGGAACCUCUUCCCGUUGACUUCGAAACCGACACUAUCAGAAUUGGACGCUCCCUUGGUCAUGCUCCAAAUGGACCUGAGGAAGAGGUUGUCAGUUAUGCAUACCUGGCUCUCCCUAGAGCAGAGCCUGAUGAAGAAUACUGGGUCAUUGGCCAUGGCUCAAAUCAGUACAACGCUCACUUCUGCGCGACGAUGAACGUCCUUUUCAGCGCGCCAAAGGACAAAUUAUAUCACCAUGCCUUGUUCCGUUUGUUUGACAAGAACAGGCCUGAUGUCAGUUAUACCGGCACCAGUGGCAUUCGUCAGUGGAUGGAUAGCCUUGAUGGCAGUCGCACGUUCCCCAUUGUCUACGGCGCCAUGGGCUUUCCCAAAUGGGUUUGGAAUGCUCUUCAUCCACUCAACUCCCCUGAUGCUUGCUGGAUGGUUGAGUGCCAUUGGCUCUCACCUGGUACUGAAGCUCUCAUCAUGCCCAACUACUAUCCGCUACCCGAACCGCACUUGGUCUCUCGCGAUGGACAGGAUAAUGUGCUUCGCUUGAGACAUGCAUACCAACAAAUCUGCCAAAUGACAACCGAGGCAUUCGAUAGCAUGAACUGCCAAAGGUUAGAUUCGGUUAUUGUUAUGGAGGGUAUUAACCAUAUCGGGUCAAACCGCGAUGGAAUUGAUGGAGUCAAAAUCGACCACCGCGAAUCCGACGGAACUGGCGGCGCAAGUCUGGCCGGAAAGCUGACAGGCUCUCCAAGUGCUUAUAGGAUCGUCCAUGCGAACUGGCUUCCUGGACACUGUCGACUGUUCCCGGAUUGGUAUCGGGGUGAAGAUAUCUUUGUUGAGAUGCCUCGCCUGACGUCGUCACUGGAUCAGUUCUAUGAAGCUAUCACGGAGUUGUACAGCCUUGCACCACCUCCUAAUCAUUACAGCAACGAUCCCAGAGAAGACUAUUUCUUUCUGGAACACCCACGCUCGUACGAGAUUCUGGCAACCCAAGACAUGGACUGGCCGUCUUUUAUCGUCGGACCUGAUACGACAGAAGACGAGUGGUUUUUGAUCAGACAAUCUAUCAUGUCCCCUGAGAUAUCAGUCUUCAAGGCCACGAGGGACUACACUGACUGGGCUUCUUCUAUCUGGAAACAUAAUCUUUGGGGUGUACGAAUGGAGCAUGAGGAUAUGACUCAGUAUGCUGGGAGUGAGUCGGGAUUGAAGCGGGAUAUUCUCCAAGUGCAGGACCUGGAUAACCAGACCAUCGAUCUCUCCCAGGGAUAUCCUCAGGACCCUGUACCAAUCAGGCACCCUUAUUCCGAAGACGAUGUGUCGCGUCCAUGGAGUGACGGUUCAUCCCAGCCACCUUCAAGAAAGCGAAAGAUGGCCUUCAAGUCACCCCCAUUGCUCCACGUUAAGGCCAGCGAGGAUGAGCCAGCUGCAGACCGUCUUCAAUUUCCCACCACGGAACAAAUUGAACGCACACAUACUCCAGAUGGGCAAGGUGAAACCGAUAUUGGUCUCUUGGCUACUGCUCAACCUCCUUGCAGUUGGUACCCAUCCCCAUCUCCACGCGGACAAUCUUCAUCUCCAGCUGCCGAAUCUGAAGGCAGCGAUGCUGAAUCAAGUAUUCAUGAGAUUGAUGAGAAUGUAUCUGAGAGUGAGCAGGAGCCUGAUCACGAGGCUUCAUCUGAGCACGAACCUAUGGACUUGGAUGAGCGACCCGACGGAAGCCUGUUUGCUGGCGACUCAGAUGAGGACAGCAAUUCGGAUAAUUCCGAGCGUAGUUCAAGGGAACCGAGUCGUGGUCCAGACGUUUCAUUUGCUCGAGAGAUUUAUAGACAAAUGGACAUACGGGGGAUGCCUCGACCUGAAGAGUCUUUCGAGAGGUUUCCUCGAUACGACCCUUCUGCUCCUAAGAGUCCCGAUCCUCCUAUUGUUCCGAAGGCUCCUGCCAAGCCUCCCAUGCCAGAGAAGAAGCCUGCAGGUCCAGAUCACCGAGAACACACAUGGGCUACCCAACCCAGCAUCUUCACCAAUGAAACCUCACGAGCCUGGCCAUCGAACGCUGAGAUCGGUCUUCCUCAAACUGCACCGCCAGUCGAGAAGAUGCAUCGUCUAUCCAGCAACGUUCCCAUGUUCUCCAAGGCCGUUCUCACGCCCACUGAGCAAGCCGAAUUACAGCACAGUUUCAACGACUUAUGCAAUGUGACGCUGCAGCGUAUCGGCAAAUGUCCCUGGACGAAGUGCGACUUUACAUACAAACUCAUGGAAUCCUUAAAGCUGGAUGAGCAUAUCUUGGCCGCCCAUGAAAGGUUCAAGUGUCCCUUCUGCCAGGACCGUUUAUAUGAAUAUUACGAUGAGGAACAAAGGAUAAAGCAUUAUGGAGAAAAGCAUCUUAAGCAAAUGAAGAGGAUAUCGGAGGUUAUGGCAGAGGUCAACCCGCAAGCUGCAGCCGACUGGCAUGCUUACAACGCUCGUGAGCGUUCUCGGUUGGGACUUACACCUGCUGCGCCUAGACCUGCGACUGAAUUCACUGCCCCGGCCGUAGCUACUACAUCUAGACCUUCUGCUGGAUCUGUUGUCCCGCCAGUAGCUGCUGCACCCAAACCCGCGACUGGAUCUACUGCCCCGGCCGUAGCUACUGGGUCUACUGUACCCUUCGGAGCCCCGGCAUCGACACCUGCUUUUGGGCCUGCUGUUCUACCCGUGCCUAGUGCAUCCGGACCUGCUGCUGCACCUAUCGUCCCGCCAGUAGCUUCCGCAUCUAGACCUGCUACUGGAUCUACUGUCCCGUUCGGAGCCCCUUCACCAAGACAUGCUCCUGGACCUGUGCUUCCGCCCCCGCCUAGUGCGUCCACAGCUGCAUCAGCAGCCAAAAAUCCCCUUUCCCAGGGCCAGGUCCCAAAUCCUUUUGUAGGUUCCUUCAGCGGACCUUCGACUUCUCGCCUAUCUUUCGCAUCCGCCGCCGCAAAACCUGCGACCUUGGCAGUUCCUGCCAAGCCCACUAUGGCUUCCCCAAUCUCCAACAAAUCUCCCACUGGGAACGGCACAUGGGGGCCGCACAUGAAGGCAAAAGAGCCACCACGCCAACUCAAACCUCCUCUUCUGAACUGGUACGAUUACCGCGGAACGUUUGCCAAUUCAGAUCCUCCUCAGGAAUGCCCGGUCUGGAACUGUACUCAUCGAAAGAUCGGACAUCUAAGCUCUCAUGGUAUAUUGCAACACUUCAAGACGUUUCACGAUGUCAAGAAAAUGAUGAAUGAGUGUCCAUUCUGCAAGUUGCCCUUUUAUGAUAAGGAAGAAACGGAAGAUGGCCUUGUAUAUGUUGAUGAGCGGGACCAGAGAGAAUGUCUCAAACACUUGGACUGUCAUAUCUACCAGCUCUGGGAUCAGAUAGAGAAAUUGCCUGGCGGUCGCAGUAUGGUACCUACUUUUGUUGAAAAAAGGUCGAAGAAUGGGGAAAAAUGGAGAGCGAUGCAACGUCAGCAGGACGAAUUAAUGGCUGCUAGGUGGGCUGCUGAUGCUGCUGCUGGCACGUCUCGAACUCUUCCCCCAGCUGCACCUCGUCGACCGGCUGAUACACAGCCCAAAACUACUCAAGUCUCACCUCCCACUAUUUCAGCUGGUGUUCAAGCUGCACUUACUGGGUCUGCUGGCGCUGAGAGCACGACUACUCGAGCUGCACCUUCUCGAACUAGUGCUGUCCGGGGAUCCGACGCUCAAACUGCUUCUACUCAGGCGACUGCUGGUCCAUCUGCCACUUCCAAAACCAAGCAAGUAGUGGAUACUGAUUCCAGACUACUCGACAAGUGUCAUUACUUCGAGAAGUGUGGUUGUAUUGUUGGAGCCAUGUCAGACGAACAGUACCGCAACCAUCUCCGCCAGUGUCACCCCAAAGAGCAUGUCAUCUUUGAUGAAGACGAGGAAGAUGAUGACAAGCAAUCCGAGGACGUUGAUGAUGAUGCGGAUGGUGGUGCUAAUGACGAUGAUGAUGAGGGAGAUGAUGGCGGUGACAGUGGUAAUGGCAGUAUUCGUGUCGGGGCUGCUGAUCAUGAGUCAGGCGCAUCUACUGGCUCUGCCGCGGCGGUCGAUAAGAAACCCAAGCGUGCUCAGGCACCCAAGAAGACUAAGACACCGAAGAAGACUGGGAAGCCUGAGCGGACUAAGAAGUCAAUUCGUCUGACUCCUACAGCCACUGAUGGCGAGUCAGAUGCGAAACAGAGUGAUGCCGCUUCUUCAGUCUCUCGUGGUAGAAAGUCUAAACGACCACCCCCCUCUAAACUCAAAGAAGCGAAUUAUGAUUCAGAGGAUGCAGACACGGAAUUGGAACCCUUGGAACCCUUGGAAGCCGAAGUCGCUGGUAGCGGGUCUAAGAGCUCCAACACAGUAGGCCGAGGUCGAACUCCUAAGAAGGCCAAGAACCGUCGCCCUAGAGGAGAAAAUGAUGGUGACUACGAAGAUGACGGUUACGAGACCGAAGAAUACGAGGAGAUGCAGGAAGAAUGGGCUGGUUAUCGCCAACGAGCGAACUCACCUGACUGGGUGAAGGAGCUUGGCCCUGGUGAUCCCAACUUUGAUCCCGAUGACAACAUGUACUGCUCCAAGUGUCUCCGAAAGGCGCCUAAGCGGCGGAGUAAGAGCCCUAACCGCUCACCUAUCGGUCGCGCGAGAGAAGUAGAGGCUCACUGGGACCAGAAUAAAUGCUGUCGCAUCCGCAACGGGAUCGGUUCAACAGACAACCUCCCCAAUCGCAGCGGCUGGAUCCCCCAGUCUAAACUUCCCGGAAAGCUGGGCGUUAUCAAGGAGAAGUUCCUCCGUCACUACCCAAGUUACAAGCGCACCAUUUAUCCCCUCAACGACAACCACCACAAUGCUACCGUUUGGGCUUCAGAUCCCAAUAAUGACGAAAACAAGGAGUGGCAUGGCAUCCCUUGGCCUCCGUAUGAAGGCUUCCCUCCCUUCCCGGGUGAUUGGGAUACCCCCGGUGGACCUUGGGAUGAUACCCCCAGCGGUCGCCGUCGACGGAACUUUUUCCUUGGAAUUAAACCCAGCGAUGGUCUUUACAAGUACCAGAGCGACUCGGACUCUGGCGAUGACAUUCAGCCUGAUGUAAAUGACAUCCCGAACUUCCAGAAGAAAUCGCCGAAGCCUGAGCAUCGGAAGAAGCCUGCUACUAAGGCGGAUUCCACCAAGUCUGAUGCGAAUGAUACUCCGGCCGUCCAGAGUGACGCGAGCUCCUCGGCAUUGAAGAAGAGACCUGCUGCUGAUGCAGAUGACACCGCCGGACCGGCUCCGAAGAAAGUGAAGGAGAGCACUGAGACUGCACCGACAAAGACUCCGAAAGCCAAGAGGGCUAAGAAGACUCGCGGCGCACCGCCUUCUAGAGCGUCGAGUAGAAUUCGACAGCAGAGGGCUACUUCGUCGGCUCCGUCUGCGACGCCUUCCAAGGCAACAUCCAAGGCACCCUCUGUCGCUGAGGAAAAUUCGGACUCUGAAGGAUAG